AUGGCCUGGGGGGCAGCUCGCCUCGCCGGCCCCCCUCGGCAGCACACCCAGACUCUGGCUGACUUGCUGGGCGCUGCCCCACUCUCCGCCGACGUCCCCGCACCCCCCGGUCCCUGCGCCCCUCCGGCGGGAAGCUGUCCCCCGCGCGACAGCCCCAAGCCCCCCUCCCUGGACCCGGCCUGGGCCCGUUUCUUUGCCGACUUCAUGAGUGGGCAGAGGAAGUUCCAGGGCCGGACCAGGAAGGCGCCGGCGCUGCAGGGAUGUUUCGGGAUGAAGCUGGACCGAAUUGGGACCCGCAGUGGGCUGGGCUGCUAG